UUUUUUAUCUUAAAUUUACUAUUAUUUUAUUUAUUUCUAAAUAGUAUUUGGUGGGAGAAGUUUCAAUUUUUGGACUAUAAAUAACAUUAUCUGAUCUUUCAGUGCUGUGAAUCAAAAGAGACCGACUUCUGGUUUUGGGUUAUUUUCCUUUGCGGUUAAUCGUCAUCAGGUGGUUGAGAUCUGAAGAAUGGCAACCAAUUCUUCAAAUGGGGAGCACCAAACAACAACAAAGCCACCUCCAAUGCCUUCUCCUUUGCGCAACUCCAAGUUUUUUCAGUCCAAUAUGAGAAUUUUGGUUACUGGAGGAGCCGGAUUCAUUGGAUCACAUCUGGUUGACAAACUAAUGGAAAAUGAGAAAAAUGAGGUAAUAGUUGCUGAUAACUAUUUCACUGGAUCGAAGGACAAUCUUAAGAAAUGGAUUGGCCAUCCAAGAUUUGAGCUUAUCCGUCAUGAUGUCACGGAGCCAUUGUUGAUUGAGGUUGAUCAGAUUUACCAUCUUGCAUGCCCUGCUUCUCCCAUUUUCUAUAAAUAUAAUCCUGUAAAGACGGUAAAAACAAAUGUGAUCGGCACACUGAACAUGUUGGGUCUCGCCAAGCGAGUUGGAGCAAGAAUUUUGCUUACAUCAACUUCAGAGGUAUAUGGUGAUCCUCUAGUGCAUCCUCAACCAGAGAGCUACUGGGGCAAUGUUAAUCCAAUUGGGGUUCGGAGCUGCUAUGAUGAGGGAAAGCGUGUGGCUGAGACCUUGAUGUUUGAUUAUCAUAGGCAGCAUGGGAUAGAAAUUCGCAUUGCUAGAAUUUUUAACACAUAUGGACCUCGCAUGAAUAUCGAUGAUGGGCGUGUUGUUAGCAAUUUCAUUGCUCAAGCACUUCGUGGAGAACCAUUGACAGUCCAAAAACCUGGAACUCAAACUCGCAGUUUCUGUUAUGUUUCUGACAUGGUUAAUGGCCUCAUUCGACUAAUGGAAGGAGAGCACACUGGGCCAAUCAACAUUGGAAAUCCAGGGGAAUUCACCAUGAUUGAACUUGCCGAGAAUGUGAAGGAGCUUAUCAAUCCUGCUGUGGAGAUAAAGAUAGUGGAGAACACUCCUGAUGAUCCAAGACAGAGAAAGCCAGAUAUCACAACGGCACAGGAAUUGCUGGGUUGGGAACCAAAAGUCAAGUUGAGGGAUGGCCUUCCCCUUAUGGAGGAGGACUUCCGUCAGAGGCUUGGAGUCCCCAAAAUAAAAUGAUUUAACCAUAAAUGAAGUUGAAGAUGAGCAGUGUGAAAUUAUUUCAUAUAAUCAUCAGUGUUUCUUCUCCAUGAUUUUACCCUAUAAGCCUCUAUGCCCUUAUUUCACCCUUCAUGUGAAAGGUAACCAAUGGUGAUGAACAUCAUCUGUUUCCUUCAUAAAAUUAUCAAUACGGAGACUUUGGAAGCUUUUAUUAGGCAUUUACCAUUACAAGUUAAUCUAAGCUUUUUUCUUUUUUUUUUUUUGUCC